AGUUCCGGGGAGGGCCCUGCUCACGCCCGCUGCAUAAAAAGCCCAGCCCAGCCGGCCGCCACAGCCCUCUGUCAACCCAGACGCUGUCCGUUCCGCGCCGCGCCACCAUGAGGGGCGUCAGAUGCCCCGGCCUGCUUGUGGUGUGCAUUUUACUGAGUCUCUCAGGAGCUGGAACCCAGAAGACAGAGAACUGUGCCAGGUGGUGCCCUAUCAACUCAAAAUGUGUCAGUAACAGAAGCUGUGUCUGCAAGCCCGGCUUCAGCUCGGAGAAGGCAUUGAUCACUAACCCCGCAGAGAGCUGUGAAGACAUCAACGAGUGUUUACUACCUGGAUUUUCCUGUGGAGACUUUGCCAAGUGUGAGAACUCAGAGGGGAGUUACGCCUGCGUCUGCAACCUGGGAUAUAAGCUCCUUUCUGGUGCAGAAUCUUUUGUUAACAAGAGUGAGAAUACAUGUCAAGCAUCAGUGGACACUGGGAUGACACCUGUGCCCUCCAGGAUCUACACAGUUACCACUGCGCCUGGAAAUCUCCCCGAGCAGACAACUACAGUGCACCAGACACAGCUGGGAGACUCAGAAGAGAGGACACCCAAGGAUGUGAAUGAGUGCACCUCCGGGCAAAACCAUUGCCACCAAACCACCCACUGCAUCAACAAAUUGGGUGGCUAUUCUUGCAUCUGUCGCCAAGGCUGGAAACCUGUUCCUGGAUCCCCCAAUGGCCCUGUCAGCACAGUGUGCGAAGAUGUGGAUGAGUGCAGCUCUGGGCAGCAUCACUGUCACAAUUCCACCAUCUGCAAAAACACCGUAGGCUCCUACAAGUGCCACUGCCGUCCAGGUUGGAAGCCAACUUCUGGGUCCCUCCGUGGUCCAGACACCAUAUGCCAAGAGCCAUCGUUCCCUACUUGGACACUGCUGCCCGCAGCCCACAGUCAGACUCUCUUGAGAUUCUCUGUUGAAGUCCAGAAUCUGCUCCGCGACUUCAAUCCAGCCACGGUCAACUACACCAUCCAGAAACUCAUCGAGGCUGUGGACAAGCUGCUGGAAGACCCCAUGGAGACUCAAACCCAACAAGUAGCCGCCCAGUUGCUCUCGAACCUGGAACAAAGCCUUCGGACUUUGGCCCAGUUCUUACCCAAAGGCCUCUUCACCUACACGUCCCCUUCAAACACUGAACUGUCCCUGAUGGUCAAGGAGCAAGACAACAAAGAUGUUACCACAGUGCACCACGGCCAAACUUGGAUGGAGCUGAACUGGGCUGUGACAGCUGGAGCCAAAAUCUCAGAAAAUGGCUCCUCGGUGGCAGGCAUCCUGUCCAGCCCAAACAUGGAAAAGCUGCUGGCCAACACCCCGCUGAACUUGGAUCGGAGAAGGGCCUCCUUGGAGGAAUUCUAUGGAAGCCCGAUUCUGAGCGUCUCACUUAAGUUUCUCUCAAACAUCAAUUCCAUCUUCCUGACCAACACAGACACUGAGAAGCUCGCCUCGAACAUCACGUUCAAGUUCAACUUUACUUCUGUGGAGUCAAUUAAGCCCCGUCACCAGCUGAUAUGUGCCUUCUGGAAAGCCCAUGACAACGGGAAUGGGUACUGGGACACCGACGGCUGCUCAAUGAAUGGCACUGGCUUCUGCCACUGCAACCACCUGACCAGCUUUGCCAUCCUAAUGGCUCAGUACCAUGUGCAGGACCCAAGGCUGGAAUUGAUCACCAAGGUGGGGCUGUUGCUGUCCCUGAUCUGCCUGCUGCUGUGUAUUCUGACCUUCCUGCUGGUGAAGCCCAUCCAGAGCUCUCGAACCAUGGUGCACCUGCACCUAUGUAUCUGUCUCUUCCUGGGCUCAAUCAUAUUCCUGGUUGGCGUGGAGAAUGAAGGGGGUGAGGUGGGCCUGCGCUGCCGCCUGGUGGCCGUGAUGCUGCAUUUCUGCUUCCUGGCCGCCUUCUGCUGGAUGGCAUUGGAGGGUGUGGAGCUCUACUUCCUGGUGGUGCGUGUGUUCCAGGGCCAAGGCCUGAGUACAUGGCACCGCUGCCUGAUUGGCUACGGGGUACCCCUCCUCAUUGUGGCCAUCUCAAUGGCAGUUGUCAAAAUGGAUGGCUAUGGGCAUGCAACAUACUGCUGGCUGGACUUUAGGAAGCAGGGCUUUCUCUGGAGCUUUUCGGGACCCGUGGCCUUCAUCAUUUUCUGCAAUGCUGCCAUUUUCGUGAUCACUGUCUGGAAGCUCACAAAGAAGUUUUCUGAAAUCAACCCAAACAUGAAGAAGUUAAGGAAGGCGAGGGUGCUGACCAUCACCGCCAUCGCCCAGCUCCUUGUGCUGGGCUGCACCUGGGGCUUCGGCCUGUUCCUCUUCGACCCCCAUAGCACAUGGCUAUCCUACAUCUUUACCCUGCUCAACUGCCUGCAGGGCCUAUUCCUCUAUGUGACGCUCUGCCUGCUCAACAAAAAGGUGAGGGAAGAGUACUGGAAAUGGGCCUGCAUGGUCACUGGGAGCAAGUACACAGAGUUCAACUCUUCCACAACAGGCACUGGCACCAGCCAAACACGGGCUCUCAGGUCCUCAGAAUCAGGGAUGUGAAGGCGAGUUCCAUGAAGGACAGCAGCACAUACUCACGGCUGUCACUCUGCCUUCUGUUCCCGCCAUCUUCUGGCCUUUGACCCCACUUCAUAUAAAGAAGGGAUGCAAACCCAGCAAUGAGCCCUGCCAUGGGGCAAGGGGUCGCUGGUCCUGCUUCUGGUUGCCUCUGCCUCACCACAGCUACUGCCUACCAGAGAAACGGAAGGCAGCCAGCCCAGACCUGCAGCCCACUGCCUGGUACUGCAGGCAGUCCUAGGACAAAGGGAAGAGCCCUUGAGACCUGGGGUCUUUGCCAGGGUGCUGGGUUCAGUUUCCUUAAGCUAAGACUGUGGAUGCCACGUCGGCCACUGAAGCCCGCCUGCUGCUGAGGCUCACGGUACAGAGGCCUUGCUGCUCCACAUCCAGGGCAGAAGGUCUCACAGCUAAAGACUAGGUUUUGUAAUUUUUUUUAACCUGUAAACCUUUCAAUGUUGACACACAAAAUUAAAUAUCAUACUGAUAAAAAAAGAUGGCAUGUUUGCUGGUGAGAAGUUUGCUGGCUUGACCUGACCCCAUGAGAUGUUGACCGAAAGGGAUGGGGCUGGAGCCAUGCAUUCACAAUAAAAGUUUAUUCUUACAUCA